AGACAACACCCGUAAAAAAAAGCCAACAGGGAACAGUUUCCUGUUGUCCCCUGUCAGUCCCGCGUCUGGCAAGAACGCUAUAUCUUUUACAACUCCCAAAACUACACUACAACUUUCACUCUUUGCUUGAUUAAUCUUUGACAAACAACCUACUUUGCUUCCACGGGGGAGAAAAAAAACAAACAUAAAAGCCGCGGUUAACUGGGUGUUCCAUGAGGUCGCCCACAAUAAAUCACUGGUGGGGGAGAUAAGGCGCUGUUUGCCAGGUCCAAGUCCAAGUCUCAGUUCCGUCAGUCGAGUGCAGAACCGCCCGGGUCUACUCGCCAUGGCAGGACUUUUUGAGGUUUUCCGCCUCUUCCCAGGCUUCCCCCGUGUCUGUGGAGCCUUUGUGCUACUGUGCCUGCUGCCCUGCUGCCAGGGGGGCAACAUCCUGGUGUUCCCCGUGGACGGCAGCCACUGGGUCAACAUGAAGGUCCUGCUGGAGGAGCUGCACCAGCGGGGUCACAGCCUGACCGUGAUCCGAGAAGCCAACAGCAUGUACAUCGCAGAGACCUCGCCCCUCUACACCGUCAUCAACAUCAAAGUGCAGGGCUACUGGGGCGACUUCUCCGACUUCCUGCAGGACGUCAUUCGGGGCCUCCGACAAGGACGUCAAAUGCACAAAGAGUUCUUCAACAAGAUCCUGGACUUCCAUUCCUUCUGGGCUGAAUCCCUCGACAACUUCCUGGACGACGAGGCCAUGGUCCGAAGGUUAAAAGACUCCCACUUCGACCUGGUCAUCACUGACCCGGCAGUCUUGGUCGGAGUGGUACUGGCCAAGUACCUGGAUCUGCCGGUGGUCCUCAACGUGCGCUGGAUCCCUGGCGACGAAGGUCACUUUGCCAUCGCCCCCUCUCCUCUCUCCUACGUCCCAGUGCCGGGGUCCGGCUUGACGGACAAGAUGGACUUCUUCCAGAGGGUGAAGAACGUGCUUUUGUACAGCUUCUCCACUUUCCAGCGCAAGUUCUUCUUGGAUCCCGUGUUCAACGCCGUCUGUGAGAAACACUUAAAGGUCGGCUGUGACACCACCUCGCUGCUCCAGGGUGCCGACAUUUGGCUCUUCCGCUCCGAUUUCGUCUUUGACUUCCCGCGGCCCACCAUGCCCAACGUGGUCUACAUCGCGGGCUUCCAGUGCAAGCCGGCCCAUCCACUGCCGGCGGACCUGGAGGACUUUGUUCAGAGUGCCGGAGAGGACGGCGUCGUGGUCAUGAGCCUGGGGACCUUGGUGAACGCCAUGCCUCCGGAGGACGCUGAAGAAGUGGCCGCAGUCUUUGCUAAGUUGCCCCAGAAGGUCAUUUGGCGGCACAAAGGACCUCGGCCUUCCACGGUGGGCAACAACACCCUGAUUGUGGACUGGAUGCCGCAGACGGACCUGCUGGGCCACCCUCAGGUGAAACUCUUCGUGGCCCACGGCGGGACCAACGGACUCCAGGAGGCCAUCUACUACGGCGUCCCCGUCCUGGGCAUCCCCUUGUUCUUCGACCAGCCCGACAAUCUGCUCCGCCUUCAGGAACGGGGCGCCGCCAAGAUCCUGGAGCUGGACCAGCUCACCCGGGGCUUCGAGGAGAGUCUGAAGGAGGUCCUCCACCAGGACGGCUACAGGCGGAACAUGCAGAGGCUGUCGCGGCUGCACCGGGACCAGCCCACCGCGCCCAUGGAGCGGGCCCUUUUCUGGGUGGAGUACGUGAUGCGCCACAAGGGGGCGCCUCACCUGCGCACGCAGGCCUACGAGAUGCCGUGGUACGCGUACUACGGCCUGGACCUGGUCCUGGCGCUGGCGACCACCGCGACGGUCCUGCUGCUGUCCGCCUCGGCUCUCUUCAGGUUCCUCUGCUGCAGGAAGAAGAGGAAAAACAAACAACAAUAACUUUGCUCCAAACAUGUGGCGGGUCAAUCCAAAUACUGUAUUUGGAUUGACUUGUAAGACCGAGUGAAAAAAAGAUUUAAAAAAUGCGAAUGUUCAAACCAAUUUUUGUUUAAGCUGAUUGAUUGAGACUUUUAUUAGUAGAUCGCACAGUACAGUGCUGUCGUGCGGGUUCCAUGCACCACCGAGGAAGGACAUUCUUCAAGCAGGUUUGACUCUUGUUUAUUUCUUCAAAUAAACCUUGGUGUAGGUGGGGUCGCUUUUCAGCUCCUUCCUUCUCCACUGCUCUUCA